AUGAGUACGCCCACAACGCCGGCUGGGCAGGCGACUUCUUAUAAGACAAACGUCAAUCGAGCGAAGACCAAGCGAUGGGUCGAGGCAAAAUCCUACUCUUACGAUGGAGACGACUGGGGCGACGUUGACGAUUACGAUGAAUACGGCGGGUAUGAUGAGCCGGAACCUUCACCCAAGCCCACAGGAUUACGGCAGCGUGGGCAGUCAGCCUCCCAAGGUUCUCAAAGUGCCUAUGGACAUAAUGCUCCUCAAGGCAUCGCAAGCCAUGGCACACCUUCAAAUUCUCAAUAUGCUUCUGCUCCUCCUCUUCAACAAUCCAGUGCGCGUAACAUGACUACGCCUGCAAUGGAGCAUCAGAUUAGGUCGCAGAACGUGGACUCAUUUGACCAGGAAGGAGGUCGACGGACAUUCUCCGCCGGUCCACAUCCACCUACCCAAUCUAGUCAAAACAUUUCAGCGCAAGAUUUUCAACCUGGGAUGAACCAGGGCUAUCCUAAUCAACCAAGUCAGCCGCCACCGACCCAUCAUGUCAGCAGUUUCUCAAUCCAACCGGGCUUUGACAGCCAAGCUAGGCAUGGACCACAGCCAUCUACAACAAGCGACAACUAUCGCAGCCAUCAGCUUGGAGAUCAAAUGCAUGUGCUAAGCCAUGAUAGUAGAAUCCAGUCCGCUAGCAACUAUAGUUCUGCCCCAGGACUUAUGGACAGAAGAGAUUUCUCCCCGUCCGCAAUGCCUCCACCAUUGCAAACAAGGAACUCACCUUCCCCACACAGCAAUCCACAGGGUCGACCGCCAAGGAAGAGUAGCUUAAGUCAACAGUCUCAACCAGCUCUGCCAUUUGACCCGCGUGCGCCACCCUCAGCGCCUUUCAGUAAUGCCCUCGAUGGGCAAGCGCGCUCACGCGCAGGGAGCUCUGCAUCAGGAGGCAAAAGUUCGGUGCUCAUUCGUCCUGCUGACAUCUAUAAAAGGAUGGAAGAAGAAAGGGAGCGAGAGAGACAAUCUCAAGAAUCUUCCAGACCGAGCAUGGAUGCAAUAACAGGGAAACCUGCGGAAAGAUCAAGCUUGGACACGAAGCUAGAAAGUGAUUCUGCUCAACGUCUAAAGCCAAAGCUAGAUGCCGUCACGGAGCGAAAAAGCGAGUAUGGCUUUGAAGGCCUGAAGAGCGACAUGCAACCGAAAGGUAAUGAUAGGAAGACUCCUGAAGACCUUGCGAAGCACAACGACAAGAAACGAACGACAUCUAAGACGUUCAAUCUUCCGAAGUCUUCACAGCCUUCAGCUGCUCAGGAGUCCACUCUUUCCCCUGGACUGACCCUUCCAGAUCCGACCCGGAUAUCUGGAUGGGGUCAAGGUUUUGGAGAGUCUUUCUUAGGUCCGCGGGACACCCACGGGCAACUCUCGAAAGACAUGACAUUGAGUCCGGUUCUUAGUGACCCGUCAGAGAAGCCAACGGGGAGAGAUCAGCAUAUAAGCGAACCAGAUCUUCGACAUCAGCAAUCGAAAGGCUUCAGAUCAGCUGUUCAUCAGGCCUUUGAUACGGCUCAGGAGCAAGUGCCACCGACACCAAGUUCCAAUGCUGACUCUUCCAUUGGGCGAAGUACUAGUGGUGGGACCAGCACUGUCAGUCCCAUCAUGAGCCGAGGGCCAAGUGCAGUGGACAGAGAUCGGACUCAUGAGCUUCCCAGUAUUGAAGAUGUUACAACUCCCACACAAGAAGAGGACAACCUGAGAUUGAAGACUAGACAAAGAGCUAGUGGGUCAGUCGGUACUCUAACACAAGCUUCGCAAAAUCUCGAAUCACAAAAUGAGGACGAUAUCGAACCGCCACCUCCAGGUUUCAUAAUGGGUCAUCGGAGAGAGUCAGGAACCCCAAGUCCCGACAAUAGCCCUGCAAGACUUCCGAUUCUCGCAUCCAUGAGUCAUCUAAGACAUCCUCAUGAAGCUGACCUUGCCCAAGCGACCCCAACUCCAACCGAUUCUGUGCCAAGUGCGAGCAACAGUCUUCGAGUGUCAGAGACAUCUGAAGUGUCAGAAGCAUCAGCCGCGAAGGGAUUUCGUUCGGCAGAUGUCCAGUCCACUUCAAGUUCUGACCAAGUUGCUUCCGAUCCCACCACAGAAAUGGCAGUUCCUCACAACUUGCCAUAUUCUCUAAAUCGUACCAAUUCAUCUGGCAGCGGUCGUGUAAAAAAUCUCGUAGAGAAUUUCGAGAGUAGCACUAGGCCCGACUCUCCUCAAUCUAUCACAACCCCACGAGCCAGCCUUUUAGGUCAGAAUCCAGUGGCUCCCAACGUACGUGGAAAUGGAAGGCCAGCCAAUGAACGUAUGGAAAGCUUCAGACCACAAUUACCCGGAGGAUGGGAGUCUUCAGCAUCUAUAAUGCCUUCACAGGGAUAUAGCUAUCAAGACUCGGUCUUGAGCCAUGAUGCGAACAAGGAAGCGCCGGCAGAGCUCCCAGCUACCAGAAAGAUGUCACUGUCUCGAAACGAUGAGCAAUCCGAGUUAGCUCAGACCGGAGACAUGUCAAGUAGGGUUCAUAGGGCGGCCGCUGGAGCUGAGAAGACUUCGGCUGCUGCAAUGCUACCUCCGCCUUUGAGAAGUGAGCUGUCUGGGGCAGAUCAGAGCGCUAGUAAAAGUUCCAAAGCUCCAACUUCUCUGCCCAAAGAUACAGCCCGCCAAGAGCCAUUCACUUCAGACUCGGUCGAACCUACAUCGCAAAGAGACGCGUCCUCUGCAUCUACGAUGUCACCUUCGCCUGCAAAGCAACCACCUUCUCUACCAUCCUUGAGCACGGAUGUAGGCACUGAACAAUAUGAGUCCGACCGACUACGGCGCGAAAUCGUUAGAGAGUUACGCAGUGAACCGUCAACAGCCGAAUCAGCCUCGUCUUAUCAAGCUUCCUCGCGAUAUCCCACAAACGAAAGCGUAGCGAGAUAUCCUACAAAUGAUAGCAUGAUGUCAAAUGACCACGGGAGUGGCCAUGUACCAAGUGAGUACGACAAAUACUGGAAUGAUGACGAGGAAGACACGACAAGCGUCGCCAGUCGAGAUCCUAGUUUGGCCCAUCGGGCUGCCGUUGCUCAAAAGGAGGGAACAUCCCCCCUGGCUGAGACUUCUCCGAAGCCUGACGAACAGCAUCACGGAGCACCUCAAGAGUUCCUGGUUGCACCGCAAACUGGAGAGGAUUCGCGUCCCCUUAAGCGGCGAUUCUCUUGGGAAGCGGAAUUGGCAGAUCUGUCCCCAUCGCAGGCAAAGCAGAAGGUGAUGCCGCAGGAGGCAACAUUGCGUGAUACCGCACCUGCAUCCAAUUCAUCAAAGCCUCAAAUCACUACAGAGCGUAACCCAAUGCAAUCUCAAAGCGUAGCCCCACCCUCGCCCGAUGGCUUUGUCGCGAAUCAAAUGCAGCAUACCAUCAGGGACGAUGAGAGCUUACCAGAUAGUCCGGAGCUGGAGAUACCGACUGCUGGCGCUUCUCAAAGUCUUGCUGAUGACAUGCCACCACCGCUGAAGGAUCGCACAAGCUCUUUAGAGGGACCAGAGGCCAUAGUGUCCCAACCAGUUGACCAUACGAUAUGGACUGAAUCCGCUGUUCAUGACUCUUCUGAAUUAAGAAACCGGAACUCAAGUGAUCGCGUGUUGGGAGAAAUAAGGCCUUCUGCGCCACAUAUAUCUACAACAGAGCGUAUGCAGGCGCUUCCUACGCCGCCUCCGCCGUCUAGUGAGGUGCCGAAGCUCCCCGCUUUUCGCGAGAUCAUGGCAUUGAAAACACCACAGGAACGCAUACUUGCUUUUGACGAGACGCAGCGCAAGUUUGCAAAUUUAAACACAGGACUUGCCCAUUGGAUAGCGACCACAAGCAAUGCCUUGCCGGAACAUAGCGAUCUCGUCCAAACCGGGGGUCAAAUGGGCGUUGCUGCUCCUGAUCAUAAGGCAUCGCCGUCUCGUAGCAAGACAGGCCAGCCAUACUAUCAGCAAUACUUAGAUGCCAGCCCACAAUCGCAAGCAGGUGUAAAUGCACCGGCAGGUAGUGCACCAGGACCCAAUCAAUCUCAAGGUUUCUCUCCGUCCGGGAAUAAGAUCACGAGCCAGCAAGUACAGGCCAAGAGCAAAGAGUUCCUGCACACUGCAGGAGUUUUCGGUGGAAAGGCGAAUAUUGCAGCCAAAGGCUUGUUUUCAAAAGGAAAGAACAAACUUCGAGAUGCCAGUGGCAGUAAGAAGGUAUAA